ACGGCAGCAUACAGCAGCGCCGGCGGGAUUUUCGGCUGCUGACUCGUAGUCGGUCCUAUCCUUGCUCCCACACAAGACAUCGAGUAGCAGCAACAAAACCUCCUCCCUUUUGAGCAACAACUGGAGCACGGCUCAGCUACAUUGCCUUGCGCGCGACCCUUCACGAUGGCCGACUUGUGGAAAAGGUUCAUUUCGGAGACGCUUGGCAUGGCGGUUGUCAUGUCCGUCGGCAACGGAGCGAUCGCCAACGAAGUGCUGAAGAAGACGAAGGGCCAUGCUUUGGGGCUGGGGUUCGUCGCGAUUGCGUUCGGCAUGGCCUUCUUCCUGGCGAUCUCCAUGUUUGGCCACAUCAGUGCCAAUGUGAAUCCCGCCAUGCUCGUCGCCAAGGCACUCCUGGGCCGAUUGGCAUGGAAGGACGCUCUGGCACUGUCGGUGGCGAACAUUCUCGGGGGAUUCCUAGGCGGUGUCGUCGUCUACGGCCUAUAUUUCGCGCACUUCAGCAUUGUGCCGGAGAGGCCGAGCCCACCUCGUUGGGACGACGCCUUCGUCGACUCGUCGUACGCGCCGCCCAGCCACACAAGAAACGCCUAUAUAUCGUACGAACCCCGUCAUCGAAACCUAUCGAACGAGGAAAGACGAAAGGUCGUGUUCAGGUACAAGCCAACCGAAGCCUCGGGAAAUGGCGACGAGUCUUGCAACUCGAUUUCGUUCCCCCGCGCGGAAUCGUCCAACAGUAUCCAGGUUGGCACCAUACUUCACGAGCACGACAAAGCAAUAGACCCUGUCUACGGGGCUGGCGGGGAAGGAACGGAAGAGCCGAGUGCCGAGUGCCACGACGAGCAUCGCUCCAGAGUCAAGUUGGCUGAGACCCAUCAAGCGGAUCGAGCGCGAUCUUCAUCGCGAGGAUCGAACCGGGUGCUCUCGGGGGCAUCGCUGGAGCAAGACGCCGACUACUACAGUGACCAAGGUCGGGGGGCGGCGAAUCGCGCCCGUGUGGUGCAGUCUGAGAGAACUCCGCGCAAGGGGCUACGGCUUAGGCAGGUUGCAGGGAUCAAGUUCGGAGGAGUGCAGCUGCGCGAGGCCUCCAGGGUUUCCCUGAAGUCACCCAGGCGUCGCUUUUCCCUGUUCGGCCUCUUUUCCGGGGCGGCCCGUACGGAACGCGCAGAGGUGGAAAACCAGGAGCUUUUUUCUCAACUAGAAAGGAACGGCAUCACCAGGGAGGACGUGGCGGUGUAUCGCGGCAUGCUGAUCGCGGAUCAAAACGCGAAGCUGGCCGCCUUCGCCUCCCGACCCGCUGUUCUCAACUACGCUACCAACACGGUUUCUGGGUCGGCCGCAGCGUUGUAUGAAGCAAUCACCUUUGAUCCCGACAAUGUUGACCAGGUUGCCGAGAUAAUUGGUACGUUUUUCCUUAUUUGGACCGCACUGAUGCUGGAGGAGCGAGUCAACCUCCUGGAAACACCGGAAGCGGCAGACAACCUCAUGCCCAUUCUGGGUCCCCUGCUCAUCGGCUUUCUGGUGUUAGGUCUGGUGACAGCGAUGGGGGGUCCAACAGGUUACACGUCGAAUCCCGCGAGAGACCUGGGGCCUCGAAUCGCGCACUUUGUACUCCCCAUCCCGAACAAGGGCCCAUCCGAGUGGUACUACGCCUUUGUGCCCGUCGUGGGACCGCUUGUCGGCGGGUUUCUCGGGGCGGCGGCAUUCUACGGUUGCAUCCAACUGAACGACUACCCGGCAUGGUUUGAGGGGCCGACCAAUACCUUCGGAGGUAGCUGGGAGUUGUGAUGCAUUUUUUCGUAGUUCAGGUUGCUUUUGGAGGGGGGGGCACUCAACCUGCGUGAAACGAUUUUCUAGCUCCUUCGGCCGGCCUGGUCCAAGCUCUAGCUUUUCGAGGAUAGGAACAGCGGGUCCUGGCAGUGGAGCUCUUGACAAUACUUGGCGUUUGUCAAGUUUGACCAAAGGGAUGAGACGGCGGUGGAAAAGUCGAAGGCUCGGGUAGUAUGACAUCCUUUCUACUGUAGACUGGUGCCGGUGGCGACAAAGCCCCUGAGUAAGAACAACCAGUGAUUACAUGCUUCAGAAUGCGGUUCCUUUUUUUUUGGGCCCUGGUCGAUUUUUGUUGUAUUGUGGAUUGCAUACCUCAACGCACUUCCCGGCUCUAGGAAUUCGUCCAUUAUUCGAUUUUGCUUGCGUUUACAAAUUUGUCGGCUUGGGUUGUCUCACCAAAAAAUAGUGCAAGCCUAGACCACAACGGAAGUUCCGCGCCAGAUAGUUGGAACAGUAAAUGUUAUGAGGUGCAUCAGUGCCGGCCCGCUCACUAGAAACGCCUACAUAUCAACAAGGUUCAAGGCCAUGCAGGGUCUACCGGUUGAGCAAAGACAGGCGAUUUCUCAGCUAUUGGAACGAGUCUUUGUGGCCCGGCGACUGUGCCCAAUUUUCGUGUAGUAACACCGACAUAUUUGUCGUUUUGGUUUGCCCGUUUUGCCAGAUGUAAGCAUCUGAGCCCAGCUUUCUUGUGACGAUGUCCCCUAUAUGAGAGCUUAGUCUACUGGCUUUACAUCAACAGUUUUCAAUGGGAGACAACCAAUAUAUCAUUGU